AUGAUGAACAAGUUACUAAUAGUGGUGAUUAUAGUGGCUGAGAUUUCAAGAAUAUUUUCGAUAGAAGAUACCUCUUCGAAGGUAUUUGUGGUGGAGUUGAACAAGUUGUUGGUGAAUAAUAAAAUUUCAGAUGACUACUGCAUUGAUGAAAAAAUAUUUUGCGAUAAUGGUCAGAUCAGUACUAUGAAUCUAGAAGCGGUUAAGCUAUGUAGAUUUCCUGUAGAGAUUACAAUAAUUAGGGAUACAUUAAAGAAUUUGACAAUAACAUACGCAAACCUGAAAGGUAACAUUCCAGAUGAAAUUUAUAAAUUGACUGAAUUGGAAUAUCUAAAUUUAGAAGGGAACAAAUUUAGUGGUAGUUUGAGUGAUAAUAUUAAAAAUCUGAUUAAAUUAUCGUAUCUUGACUUGAAUGGAUCAAAUCUAUCUGGACCGAUACCUGAUGGUCUAUAUUUAUUGAAUGAAUUGAAAUUUCUGAAUCUGAAAGGAAACAAAUUUGAUGGUAGUUUAAAUAACAAUAUUAAAAAUAUGAGCAAGUUACAGGCUCUUGAUUUAAGUGGAUCAAGUCUAUCUGGACCGAUACCUGAUGGUCUAUAUUCAUUAACUGAAUUACGAUAUCUGAAUCUACAAGGAAGCAGAUUUAAUGGUGAUUUAAAUGAUAAGAUUAGAGAUAUGAAUGAAUUAUCGUAUCUUGACUUAAGUGGAUCAAAUUUAUCUGGAUCGAUACCUGGUGGUCUAUAUUCACUGGAUAAAUUGGAACAUCUAAUAUUAAGAGAUAAUAGAUUUAAUGGUGGUUUAAGUGAUAAGGUUAAGAAUCUGAAUAAAUUAUUGUAUCUUGACUUAAGUAGAUCAAAUCUAUCUGGACCAAUAUCAGAUGGUUUAUAUUCAUUGACUGAAUUACAACAUUUGAAUCUACAAGGGAAUAGAUUUGAUGGUGAUUUAGGUGAUAAAAUUAGAUAUAUGAAUAAAUUAUUGUCUCUUGACAUAAGUGAAUCAAAUCUAUCUGGACCGAUACCUGAUGGUUUAUAUUUAUUGACCAAAUUGCAAUAUCUGGAUUUAAAAGGAAACAAAUUUGAUGGUAGUCUAAAUAAUAACAUCAGAUAUUUGGACAAGCUAUCGUACCUUGACUUAAGUGGAUCAAGUCUAUCUGGACCAAUACCUGAUGGUCUAUAUUCAUUAACUGAAUUAAGAUAUCUGAAUCUACAACAAAACAGAUUUGAUGGUGGUUUAAAUGAUAAGAUUAGAGAUCUGAAUAAGUUAUGGAAUCUUGACUUAAGUAAUUCAAAUAUAUCUGGAUCGAUACCUGAUGGUCUAUAUUCAUUGACUGAAUUAGAAUAUCUAUAUCUUAUGGGUAACAGUAUCAAUGGUACUUUAUCACCUAAGAUUGGUAAUAUGAUUAUGUUAACUAGUCUAAAUCUGAGUUUUAAUCAAUUAAGUGGAAUUAUACCAAAUGAAAUAGGUAAUUUAAUCAAUCUGAAAGAUUUAGAAAUGAGAGACAAUGAAUUUGAAGGUAAUAUUCCUGAUCUGAGUCGUCUAGAAUUUUUAGUAAAUAUGAAUAUUAGCUCAACAAAACAUAUUCUGAAUGCAAGUUGUGAUAAUAAAACGUUACCUCCAUAUAUUACUAAGAACAGAUGUUUCAUUGCACCUGUGAACAGAUUAUGCAAUAGUACUAUACACUGCGAAUAUAGCAAUAAGCCUGUAGAUAAAUCAUCAAUUGGUUCAAUGUUCUACACACCAAUACUGAAAAUGGUUGUUAUGAUGAUAGUAUGCAGAGGUGUGAUAGAGACAGAGAGAUUUAUUGAGGGUUGA